AGGAUCGACGGACAAGUCCCGUCGAGUAUCACGUUCACUCGGUUACGAGCUCGGCUCCGGCAGAAUUAUAUAUACGAUCCUUGUUGAGCAAGUUAGCCUAGGCUCAUCUCUACAGAAAAUCGGAGACGUGACUACAUUGCUCGGUUAUCGGCACCAGCUCGCGGUUCGGUUAUGGGUACAACCGUCAGUACUUUGGGGCGUACGAAUAUCUAAUAAGACUCUUGUGUAAAUUGGUGGACAAAGGAUUACCAGUGCGUGCAUUGGCACAAUUGAUGAACAAUGCCAACGAUAAUGGAGAGUGAAAAAUCCAUUAAAUUUACUAUAAAUGGAACACCACACACGAUAUCGGGGGACAUACCGGCUGAUACGUCCCUCAAUGUCUACAUUCGCGAUUAUGCGAAACUUCGCGGUACAAAAGCGAUGUGCCACGAGGGUGGCUGCGGCGUCUGUGUCGUGGCUGCGGAAAUCAAGGGCAAGACAAUGGCUGUAAACUCCUGUCUCGUACCAAUACUAAUCUGCGACGGAUGGAUGAUUCACACGAUUGAAGGUGUAGGAAAUAAACGAGAUGGUUAUCAUUCAAUCCAAGCUGCACUCGCUGGGAAGAAUGGCUCGCAAUGUGGAUAUUGUUCUCCUGGCAUGGUAAUGAAUCUUUACAGUCUUGUGCAGAACAAGAAAUUGACUAUGCAGGAAAUCGAGAAUUCCUUCGGUAGUAACAUCUGUCGAUGUACAGGUUAUCGUCCAAUUUUGGACGCGUUUAAGGGAUUUGCUAGUGAUGCAUCUCCACAAUUGGCGAAAGACAUUCGCGAUAUUGAGGAGAUCUAUAAAAUUAAAACCUGCCCGAAGAACGGAAUGCCAUGCAAAGGCACUUGCGCGGAUAGACAUUUCUCAGAUGGAAAUACGCUGGAUAUAAAGUUGGCUGAUACGGAAUUCUAUAAAGUUUACUCCAUCGAAAAUUUAUUCGCGAUAUUUCGAGAGAAGCCAGACGCAACGUACAUAUUAAACGGCGGAAACACAGCACAUGGCGUCUAUCGGACGGGCAAAAACGACCUCCGCAUCGAUAUAAAUGACAUCCCGGAUUUGCGUCGCGUCGAAAAAACUAAUGAUUCUCUAACCCUGGGCGGAGGCGUAUCUCUCACCACGGCGAUGGAGAUCUUUGAGAAGUACUCGUCAGAGACUGGAUUCAAGUACCUUCAUCACCUGGCCCAUCACAUCGAUUUGAUUGCCAGCGUGCCCGUGCGUAACAUCGGUAGCAUCGCUGGCAAUCUGAUGAUCAAGCACGCGCAUAAUGAAUUCCCGUCUGAUUUGUUCUUAAUGCUGGAAACCGCCAGUACUCAAAUACAUAUCCUCGAGGCACCGGGAACCAAGAAGAGCAUGAUGCUGCAGGAUUUUUUGCAGACGAACAUGCACCACAAGAUCAUCUACAGCGUGGUGUUGCCGGCACUAUCUGAUGAUUACGAAUACAGAUCCUACAAGAUCAUGCCUAGAGCCCAAAAUGCUCAUGCUCAUAUCAACGCCGGCUUCCUCUUCAAACUCGAUGGCACCGGCAAGGUGUUGGAGAAGCCUAAUAUCAUCUUUGGUGGUAUCAACGAGCACUUUUUACAUGCGAAAAACACAGAGCAACUGCUAAUGGGUAAAUCUAUCCUCGACAAGCAAGUGCUGAAGACAGCUUUGGAAACAUUGCAUAAUGAAUUGCAACCCGAUCAUGUGCUGCCAGAUGGUUCGCCGGAAUUUCGCAAGACUCUCGCCAUGGGACUAUUCUAUAAGUUUGUGUUGAGCAUCAAACCGGAGAAUGUGAAUUCGAAACUUCGCAGUGGAGGAUCCAUUUUAAAACGAGAUCUCUCCUCAGGUACGCAAGACUACGAUACAGAUAAAAACGUAUGGCCGGUGAACAAGCCUAUGGUAAAGUUGGAGGCGAUUCAACAGACAUCGGGCGAGGCUCAGUACUGCAACGACCUACCACCGUAUCCUGGAGAAGUAUUCUGCGCUCUUGUACUUGCGAAAGUCGCUAAUGGCAAGAUCGACAGCAUAGAUGCGAGCAAAGCACUCGCUAUGAAAGGUGUAGUGGCAUUCUUCAGCGCCAAGGAUGUACCCGGCAAGAAUUUGUGCAUCUCGGCUUCUAGCCGACUAAUAAUGUUGAUAAAUGACGAGUUGUUAUUCGCUGAAAAGGAGGUUCUCUAUGCUGGCCAGGCGAUCGGCGUGAUCGCCGCCGAAACGCAUCAUCUGGCCAACGAAGCCGCAAAAUUAGUAGAGGUCAAGUACUCCGAGACUUUGAAGAAGAAACCGGUGUUGACCAUUGAGGAUUCCAUCGUUACGAAAGACGAUACCAGAUUCAUGAAAAGCAUUAGCGUUCCAGCGAAAAAGAAAGGAGAUAACGUUCAACAUAAGAUAAAAGGCGUAUUCCUAACCGGCAGCCAGUACCAUUAUACCAUGGAGCCUCAGUCCUGCGUUUGCAUUCCUACAGAGGAUGGUAUGGACGUUUAUCCAACGUCGCAAUGGAUAGACCUCAUUCAAAUAUCGAUUGCGAAUGUUCUCGGUAUUAAGAACAAUAGUAUCAAUGUUCAAGUCAGACGAAUCGGCGGCGGAUAUGGAGCGAAAAUCUCGCGGAACGCGUUAUUCUCAUGUUCUUGCGCGUUAGUAUGUCACAAACUAAAUCGCCCAGCACGAUUAGUUAUGUCUAUUGAGGGCAAUAUGCAAGCGCAGGGCAAAAGAGUUUCUUCACGCCACGAAUACGAAGUCGGGGUAGACAACGAGGGAGUUAUUCAAUACAAUGAUUCGAAAUAUUGGGCCAACGCGGGCUGUAACUUCAAUGAUCCCCAUGCUUGGGUCCUAUGGCAUCACUUUGGAAGUUGUUACGCAAUCGAUAGUUGGAUGUUCGACGGAUUCGAUGUACGAACUGACUUACCAUCAAACACAUACUGUCGAGCGCCAGGAUCUACGGAAGGAGUGGCUAUGAUCGAGAAUAUAAUGGAGCACAUUGCAAAAGUGACAAAAAAGGAUCCACUACAGGUCAGAUUGGCGAAUAUGAACGAUGAGGAUAAGGCCGUAUUAGAAACUAUGAUAAAGGAUCUGUCGAAAUCGGCUGAUUAUGAGAUACGAAAGCGGACAGUUGAGACAUUUAACAACGAGAAUCGCUGGAAGAAAAAGGGCAUCGCUCUAGUACCAAUGAAGUAUUCAUUCGGCUACUUCGGUCAAUUUAAUGCUAUGGUGUCGGUCUGCGCUCGCGACGGUACGGUUUGCGUGACGCACGGUGGAAUUGAAUGUGGCCAAGGUAUAAAUACCAAGGUUGCUCAAGUAGCAGCUUAUACUUUAGGUAUUGAUGUAGACUUAGUCACCGUGAAACCAACCAAUAAUUUAAUAACGCCAAACAACUCAGUUACCGGAGGCAGUAUUACUAGCGAGGCCAGUGGAUAUGCCGCGAUUCAAUGCUGUAAAGAGAUCUUGAAGAGACUCGAGCCAAUAAAAAAAGAACUGAAGGAUCCAAGUUGGCAGGAACUUGUUUUUGAAGCACAUCUAAAGGAUGUUGAUUUAUGCGCACGCCAUUUGUACGCGCCCACGCAGGAUGAUACACUCAAGCCUUAUGGCAUUUAUGGUGUCACUAUUGCCGAAGUAGAAAUCGAUCUGUUGACCGGUCAGCAUAUUAUCAAAAGAGUCGACUUGAUGGAAGACGUGGGUGUAAGCUUAAAUCCAGAGAUCGAUGUCGGUCAAGUAGAGGGUGCUUUCGUGAUGGGAAUAGGAUACUGGACUUCUGAAGAGUUGGUGUACGACUCUAAAACAGGAGUAUUAACGAAUGACAGAACUUGGAACUAUAAACCGCCAGGAAUAAAAGAUAUUCCCGAGGACUUCCGUGUAUCUUUCCGCAGAAACGCGCCUAAUCCAUUCGGUGUUCUUCGAUCAAAAGCAACCGGUGAACCACCGCUUUGUAUGGCUUUCGUAAUUCCGAUCGCGAUCCGCAAUGCGUUAAACUCUGCUAGAGCGGAGGUGGGAAAUAAGGAUGUAUGGUACGAAUUAGAUGGAUCAUAUACCAAUGAACGCAUACUCCUAAAUGGUUUAACCAAUAAGGAUAAUAUGGUGCUGUGAACGAGAAUGAGAUUUACAAGCAAACUAGUGCUUUUAAACUAAAUCAUAUGCUUAUUAUAAUUUGUUCUUCUAAUUUAAAAUAAAGGUCCUGAUACAAAACAAUUUACUUAGUCUUU